AUGCGCCAAGCGUGUGCUGGUGUUCAGAUCGUUGUGCUGUGCAUCUGUUCAAGACAUUGCUUUGCCGACCGCUGCAAUCCUGAGCAGUGCAAGAGUCUGGCACCACUACUUCAGCAUUGCGAAAGGGAUGCAUACUCUGGUGGAGGAGACGACAUGGUGAUAUUCUGCACAGGGAGGCAUGGCAAACUUGCAGUGAGGGUCGCUUUGGUGGAGGACAUGCUCAACGCAAUGGAUGAUGGAAUGUCGUUGGUAAAAGCCGACAAUUUGGCUAGAGCUCUUCAUCGCGGCAGUGAUAGGAUCCAGGCCUUCAUCGUGCCAAAGCUCCGUGAAGCGUUGCGUGGAGCCACGUUGCGGCGAAUCAUCAGUGCCAGUGAGUACCGUGGAGGCAUGCAGUGGCGAGACGAGUUUUCAUGGAAGAAGAUGGUUUUUCCUCCCGCGUCGUCGCUGUCCGGAUGUCUAGCUUGUCUGCAAAUAUCCUCCACAGUGCCCGUGCUGACACGAAGCGGACAACGCGUGGCGAACCUGUCUGGGUCGGUCCAGAUCGGACUCGACCUUAUGAAAGGUGUCGAUGGGUCCUUCAAAAACCUCUGCAAAUCGCUGACAGUCCAAGCCGUUUCCACUAUCUUGGUGGGGUACCAUCUGGACAUUGCCACCAUGGCGGACUGGGGGCACUAUCACGACGCACACGAAGGGAACGUGCUCCUAUCUUUUGCUGGCUCCGAUCUUCCAGAGAUUCGAUGGCAUGACUUUGCGGGCAGCUACAGCGACUACAGGCUUGGGAACGAGUCGCUCGAACAAGCCUUCUCAAUUGACUUUGCGCAGAAGCUUGAGCGAUUCUCCACCACCGCGAUCGACCACAUCGAGAAGACAUACCAAGAUCUGGCCACAAGACUAAAUACGGCCCGGAAGAGGUGCAGGUUGGUCGGGCAACCGAGUAUACAGAUGCGGGUGUGUCUGCGAGAACGUGCUUUCAGCUUCGUGGAAACUAUGUUGAAUGCGGCCGCCAUGGACAGCUCGGCCCGGCGAAUGCUUUUGGAAAGAGUUUCGCGUGGAAUGAGCGAUAUCUCCCAAGACGAGCUGUGGAGACAGUUCGUUGAAGGCUCUGCACGCACGACGGAAUCCAUCGUCUGGGUGCGAGAGCUGAUCCGAAAGGACUGUGCUGUGUGA